GAAUCCCACAGCCUGGGUGAAGAUUUGCUGGCUCAGCUGACUGCGAAUUCACCCGAUUGGCCCAACCAUCAUGCAAAGUCCAACAAAGAAGCGGCGUUGGCGACCUUGGCAUUGGUUGCCACUGGAGGCAACUGGCAAAAACUUCAGUUCAGUUGGCUGAGCCUGUUGAUGAUUCCAGGAACAUACUGUACCGACGGCAGUGUGAAGAUUCUCGUUCUGGAUUCCAGCCGCUAUGGCUUCAUGGCCGUGAAGUGCCGGAGUUUCACACGUGGACAAGAGCGGUAUGUGGAUGUGGCUGACCUGCCAGAGAAGCCCUUGGUGUUUGAUGUAGUCCUGAGAACUGACAAGUGGCGUUGCGUGGACGUGAGCCCAGUACUUCCAGCAGAUAGUCGCAACCGAACCGUGCACCUGCAGUUGAUGCAGGGCAGCGGGGCAGGUCUGCUCAAAUUCAGUGUCCGGCACGGCCUCCCCAGCAUGACUGUGCCGUUCAUGAAGAAGUUUUGCAAGAUGCAGGGAAUCACGUUGCCGACACCAGCAACAGAAGUAACCGUUUUGCAAGCCAUCGCAGCUUCAGUUUUCAAGGACGGCAUGAACGAUGCAUUGAUGAGAGAAAUCUUGCUUGCACGCAACAGAGCACGGCGUGGUUGGCAGGCCUGG